AUGAACUGUGUCUUCGAAGCAAAUUGCGUAAAAGCAUUUGGGGAAGCUAUCCACGCCUUGUCACGAAUUGGAGAUGACAUGUGGUUGGAUCCAAUGGUCAAAGGUUUGGCGGUGAGGUCAGUGAAUUCAUCUCAUUCUGCCUACGCCUGCUUCCUCUUCUCGCCAUUGUUUUUCAAGCAAUACAGCCCAGAUGCAGCACAAGCUCGGGACAGAGAAACUCUCAAAUGCAAACUAGAUUUUAAGUCUGUGCUACCACUUUUUCGGUGCCUGGCUUCCACUGAGCGUAAUGUGGAACGAUGUCAGAUAUCAAUCAACAUCCCUGGUGACCAAGUGACAUUCCAGUUUUACUGCAGGCAUGGUAUUAUUAAAACCCACGAUUUAGGAUUCCAUGAAAGCGAGGCUCUGCAGGCAGUGUUUCUCUCACACCUCUGUCCCAAUGUGCUGAAGGCUCCGGCCAGGCUGCUUGGUGAUACGGUGAUGCAGUUUCCUGUGUCCCAGGAGGAGAUUACGCUCUCCAUGACUCCUCUGAGAGUCGACCUUAGGAAUCACUAUGAAGAAGAGAGUGACGACCACACGAAGACAGUGUACACUGAAAUGACUUUACAUCCAAGUGAGUUUGACUAUUUCCAGAACGGCGUUGACUCAAACAUAACAUUCAGUUUGAAGGAGUUGAAGGGUUUUAUGUCUUUUGCAGACUCCCAUAGUUUACCAGUGUCGGUCCACUUUGGUGCUGCAGGAAGCCCUGUGUGCUUCAGUGUGGACAACGUGGUCCUGGAGGCCAGUUUGGUGUUGGCUACCCCAAUAUAUCCUGAGAGAAGGGACCUCUCUCAGACUGCUGCGGUCCAGCCCAUCACUUCACUCAGUCGUCAUUACCCAGAUGUUAUCUGCUGGGUGUUGAGAAACCGUCUUUGCAGGCAGCUUGUCUCUGUGGAUACAGACAACAUAGCCGUUGUUCCUCUGAUCACAGGUGUGGAGAUGCUGUGGGUCCUGCAGAGGGUUCAUGUGAGGCUGUUCCUCUUGUGA